AUGAGUUCUCGAGAACAGCACUACGCGAAAGUGCGCGAGGCUUUGACCGACGCGUUGCGCAAGAUUGAGACAGAUGACGACGAUGAUGAUGAUCAAUCGAACGUGAUGAUGAUUCCAACACCGUUCGUGGAAUUUCAAGACGAAUUUCCCGAGCAGUUGUACCCGGAAGUACGAAUCGAGCGAGCGAUUGGAGGAGGAGUAGGAGGAGCAGGAAGUAGUAGUAGUAGUAGUAAAAACAACAGUAACAACAACGAAGUUAUACUCGUGGAGAGCUCGAGGAACAGUUUUCGUGUAUCCGUGAAGCUGAAGCAUUCGGACGAGUUAGACGCCAUCUUGACCAAGCAACUGUCUCGGUUCAUGCGCCAAAGAGCGGAGCAGUUUUCAAUCGUACGGAAGAAAACGACAAAUAGCGAUGCGUUCGAUUUAAGUUUUCUAGUCACGCAGAAGCACAAGAAACAGUUCGUGAAUUCGAGUUUAGUAGCGUUCAUGGUGGACUUUUUGAAAUCCGUGGACGGGGAGAUUAGCGAACAGAAGUUAUCGGUGAGCUCGAGAGGGAGAGCGGUGGCGGAGGAGUUUCUUGGCGGUUUUUGCUGA